AUGUCUGGACACAUUUCAUCCGACCAUUCUCGCUCGGCGUCACGGUCAUCGCAGAAUCCUCGCCUGUCUCAGGGGCAGGCGUUUGAGCCCAUGCCUCGCCACUCUUUCGGUCGCACUUCACGCGUCUCCAAUCCCAAUGUCUUCUCCGACGAGUACUCAUUAGAACCGAUCGAUGCCGACCAGAUCGAACGGGCUCCCUCCCCUGCCUCAAUCGCAUCCUCUACCACCCUUCGCUCCUUUAAUCACCCCCAAAAGCCCGCCAGCCAGACCACGACCGAGAAUGAGAAUCCAUUUGGUGAUGACGCUCGGGUCUCCGAGGAAGCUCACCGGUCCAGUCUGCCCCAAAAGGGGAUGGGCGGCUUCUCCUCAAAUCGUGGCUCGGUCGCCUCGGUCAACAGUCCCUUCGCCGUUCAGCGUAACCACAGCGUCUCCUCUCGUUUCUCGAUACCCCGCGCCAUGAGCCCCUACACCGGAGCGACCGGCCCAAGCCAUCCCUACGCCAUGUACCCCCAGGUUGGUGUCAGUCGCUCGGCGAGUGCAGGGAGCACCUCGACUAUUCGCCAGCACGACCGCCCGCUGGGCGAAUCCAACGGUCCCCAACACCCGUACGCAAUGUAUCCUCAGAACGUUGUGGAAGAAGGCAUGGAUGACGACGUGAUCCCAGUUGGAUUCCCUGGUCACAACCCACCUUACCAGCCGCCUCCUGGUCGGCGAGAUAAUGAUGUGGGUGAUAUUAUCGGAGCAGAUGGGCACGCAGAGCCAUUACCACCCUAUUCACGUUACCCAACAGGCGUAGUCCCGAAGCCUCCGGGCGCCGAGACCUUAGCCGACCUGGAUGUCCCUGCAGAUACCCAUCAACUCCAUUCAAUCUCGAGAGACCAGCCAACCCAUCAACCCAUUUCGGAAACUUCAACCAGGGCCCUUGUUCCUGAAUCUACGGGGGGCACCACGGCCGUCGACCAUGAUAGCGACCGGGAGGGAAGAGCUCCUCUUACGGGCAUCAUGGCGUUUGAGGAGAAACUCAAGCGAAAGGGCAAAAAGACUGCAUGCUGUGGUCUCCCAGUGUGGACUCUUGUUCUGAUCGCUACCGUGAUGCUAAUUGGAGGGUCCAUUGGAGGCGCGAUUGGUGGUGUGAUCGGCGGUAAGAGAGCAGCGGAGCAUGAUCGACAAGCCGCCGCUCAAUCGAGUGGUCCGUACAUUGUGACUGUGACUGCAACACCGCAAAUGGACUACUCGACUAUGACCAGCACCCCGACGAAUCUCAAGUCGGUGCCAACCGGUCAUUACCUGGUUCCUUCUCAAUUGCAAAACUCCUCCAAGAUGUGUGUUGAGGAUGAUCAAUUCCAACGUGCUUGGGGCUGCAUGGAUAACCCGACCAACUUUGAUGUUGUUAUCGGCGGAGAGAGUGGCCACCACUCCAUUGUCUUCAGUAGCGUUGGCCCCAGUUCCACUUUCACCUACGGCGCCCAGCCGCCGAUUCUCCCGACCCCAACACAAUCCCUAGGUCUCGCGAUUGACACCAGUGAUACUGAUCUGGGCCCCGCUCUCUUUUUUUUUGCCAAAUUCGACAAGUUGGUUAUCGUUCCCGAAUCGCAAUUUGAAGCAAGCUCUGUUUCGGCUCGAUCGUUUGUCGGAGAUGAGUCGUUCCUUGCGGGACUCCAUCGCAUGCAAACAGCCCAGCCCGGCGACAAGCCAUGGUUCUGCUACUGGAAUCAGACGAUGAUGGAAUUCUUCAUUUAUGUCAACCAGACGGUGUCGGAUGACUCCGGUAGCACCACCGCUUCUACCGACAGCGAUAUGUCGGCCAGCACAGCCAGUGCUCAGUCAAAUUCCAGAAAGCGCGAGGAUUCAAUCCUCGAUUAUCCACGAAAGAUCAAGAUUGAGGAACGGCGGGACUUUGCCGGAGCUCAGGCGCCCUACUGCCAGCAGAUGCAAGUGGGUUCGGAUGGCAAUCUUGUUGGACCUAUUCAAAAUCAGGUCAUCAAUAUCAAGGAACGGGAGCCUACCCCAACCACCACCUACAUCAACACGAACAGUGGCACCCAGCAGACAUACACAGCCCAGGCGCAGUAUGCGACGCCGUGUUAUUGUCUGUCUACCACUGAUUAG